UUAGCAGAGAUGCAGUAUCAGGGUGCUUUUUCUGUUGUUUACCUUCGGAGCAGACGGUUCUUGUUCUUCUGGUUCCGUGCAGAGCAGCACACUCUGUCUGCUGGGAUACUGGAGUGGUUUCUCCGGGAAGUCUAGUCAUGUUAAAGCACUGCCUAUUUUGGUUCACUUUUGGACUAACUUUUACUGGAAAACCUUUUUGGAUAAAAGGUGUACCUUCUGAACAGACACCCAGACUUUCUACAUUAGAAAUAAUCAUUCCUCGAAGUCUGACAGGCAGAGAGAAACAUCACCCAUUUUUCCAUGAGGAGCAUUCAGAUGACAACCUUUCUUACUCAGUGAAAACCAGAAAUGGAACAUAUCUCCUAAAACUGAAGAAAAAUAAAAAGCUUGUUAGUGAAGACUUUAUGCUGUUUACAUAUGGGGAAAAUGGGAAACUGGAGGCAACACAAUUCAAAAAUGAGACACACUGUUAUUAUUAUGGCAUUGUUGAACAAAUUGCUGACUCAACAGUUGCUCUCAGCACCUGUGAUGGCCUGAGGGGAAUCCUCUACAUUGCUGGCAAAUGGUAUGGAAUGGAGCCACUCAACACAUCCAGCACAUUUGAACACGUGUUUUAUGAAUUAGAAGACAAGCAGGACAUGCCCUUCCACUGUGGGGUGCUGAAUGGCAGCCUUCAGCACGAGAAGAUGUUUGUGAAGCAGGCUGUGGAGUACACAUUCUCAUCAAACACUACCUCUAGCAGGGAGAAGCUUUUGAGGGAGAAGCGAGCUGUCCUGCCUCAGAAAAGCUAUGUAGAAUUAUUUGUGGUUGUGGAUAACCAGAGGUUUUUGCUGAAGAAUUCUGAUCCUGCUGCGGUGCAAAAGGAAACUGUUGAGCUGAUUAAUUAUGUUGAUGGGAUGUAUAGACCAUUAAACAUCCAGAUUGUUUUGGUUGGAUUAGAGAUCUGGACAGAUGCAAACCACAUAUCUGUAAUGGAUGGUUCAGCUGGGGAUGUUCUGGGUAGAUUUGUUUCUUGGAGACAGAAAGAUCUUCUUAAGAGAUCAAGAAAUGAUGUCAGUCAUCUCAUAAUAGGGAGAGGCUCUUUCAGGGGAUCCAUUGGAAUGGCUUUUGUGGGUACUGUCUGCUCACAAGUGCAGGGAGGGUCAAUCAGCACUUUGAAUCAUGACAAUAUGUUACGUCACGCCACGGUGGUUGCACAUGAAUUGGGGCAUAAUCUCGGAAUGAAACAUGAUGAUAAGAGGUGUCCUGCAUCCUAUAUCAUGCACAGCACAGAUAAUGGAUCCAGGAAUUUCAGCACCUGCAGUGCUGAUGAUUUUGAGACUCUUAUUCUAAAUGGAGGAGGAAACUGCCUUAGAAAUCCUCCCGUGACGAGUAAUGUGUACAGAGAACCUGUCUGUGGUAAUAAUGUGGUUGAUAACAAUGAAGAAUGUGACUGUGGCAAACCACAGGAAUGCUCCAACCCCUGCUGUGAUGCUGCAACCUGCAAACUCACACCUGGAUCCCAGUGUGCUCAAGGACUGUGCUGCAAAAAUUGCAAGUUUAAAGUGGCAGGAGCAGAGUGCAGAGCCAAAAGGGAUUUCUGUGAUCUCCCUGAAUACUGCAAUGGAAGCAAUGCCUACUGCCCAGAGGACGUUUACAUCAUGAAUGGUCACCCAUGCAGCAACAACAAGGCAUAUUGCUACUAUGGAGUAUGCCAGAGUUUUGAUUCACAGUGUGAAUCUAUAUAUGGGAAAGGGGCACGAAAAGCACCUGAUAUAUGCUUUGAGAAAGCAAAUAUUAAAGGAGAUAGGUUUGGAAACUGUGGAAUGAAAGGCGGAGUGUACAAGAAAUGCCCUGUCCAGCACAGUCUGUGUGGGAAACUCCAGUGCACAUCUGUCAGUCUCCAAAACCUUCCUGCCUGGAGUGUUGUCAAUAAUGCAUCUGGGGUUUUAUGCUGGUCUUCUGACUUUGACUUAGGGACAGAUAUCCCUGAUCCUGCUCAAGUUCAUGAAGGGACAGCCUGUGGAGAAAACAAGGCCUGUGUAGGUUUCGAAUGUGUUGAUGCGACGUUUCUGGGCUACAACUGUGAUGUAAAGCAGAAGUGUAAUAAUAAUGGGGUGUGUAACAACAACGGGAACUGCCACUGCAAUGCAGGAUGGGCCCCUCCGUUCUGUAACCAGUCCGGCUACGGAGGCAGCGUUGACAGUGGUCCUGCCCACACAGACACAUCACUUCGGGAUGGGCUGCUUAUCUUCUUCUUCCUUGUGCUGCCAGUUGCCAUCGUUGCUGCAUUAGCAAUAAUUAAGCGGGAUGCAAUAAGGAGAAAAUUUUGCAGGAAGAGUAGAAGACAGCACAGGGAUAACAAUGUGCAGGAAGCAAAGCAAGAUAACAAACCGAGUCACGACACAAGAAAUAAUCAGCCUGCCACAUCAAGUCCUGAUAUUUUUACCAUAUUGCAUUUUCCUGGUACAAGGCACCCAGUACAAACCCAAUUUCCUGCAGUUCCCUCAGGACCUCAACGACCCCCAGUCCCACCUAGACCAGCAGUCUGAAAAGCUUCUUGGGAACCCUCAACCAAUUCUGACAAGUAACUGGCCUGAAAAAAAAACAAAUUACAAGAUUUCAAUCCUCCAGUCCUCUCCUUGUGCGGCCAAAAUGCCUUUGGGAAGCACAUACCUCUGGGAAAGACUGGAUGCCAAGAGGCACUGAACGCAGAUUUGGUGACUCCCAAUGUUUUGCUACUUGCUGCUGGCUGUGUUUGUGCCUCCUCUACCUCACUUCUUGGGUUUUUAAAUCAGAAGCCUGAAGUUCAACACUCAUAGGAUUACACUUGUGACAGUGUGUAAGUCUGAGGUGCAGGCCAAGGAGAAGUGAAUUCAUUUAUUUGCAGACAUGAUUUAUUCAGCCCUGGGGACAGUCCCUGGGCGCUGCUCUGAGACCUGCCUGCCAUCAGCCCUUCAAAGCUGGGGCCCAGAGCCCCCCUCUCAUGACCACCAGCUCUGUCCCUUUCCAUUUCAGGUAGUUUAUAAAAGUAACCUCAUAUAUGGGGACACCAGAAACACUGUGCCUGAGUCUGAAAGAAACUGUCCAGCUGCUGUUAUAGAAAAUGUGGGAUAUUGGGAAAUACAACUCAACAGUGGUUCAGUGUUUACUGCUUAUUACAGCUCGGGAUUUUUGCUUUUGUCCACUACAAAAGCAACAGAUUAACUUCUGUCAUUCUAAAUGAGACAAUUAAGACACCACCACUGAUUUAAAAUGGAACGUAUGGAGUGGCACAGCUUGUCCAAAUGGGUCUCCAUCCAAUGUUUCCAUCCAGGAGAGGGAUCCAGAAAAUCUCAGGAAAAAAGUCUCCAUCAAAAUGGAGAAGCAGCUGCUGUGCAGAGACCAACUCGCUGGGAAGGACAAAACUGUGGAUACAGAUCCACCUGUCCAACAAGGAGUAACGAACAGACUGGCUGUGUUCGUGCCAAUUUGGGAGUAUGAACUAGGAAAAAGAGUGAAAAAAAUAUAGAAUUGCCUCACCAACAAAAUAUUUCUAAGCCCUCAGAUGGCCACAUCACCGAAGAACUGGACAAAAAAACCCAAAUUGUAUUGCAGGCAAAAAUCUGCACCGGCAAUGAGUGUCUGCCAAAGAACGGAAGGAGCACA